AUGCAAUUUUACAAUUCAUUUUUUUCAAUUUUGUCAAUAACAACGUUAUUUCUAUAUUUGAAUAAUGUUGUUAGUACAAAUAUUCCAAGGACUGUUUAUGAAGAUGAAGAUGUAGUUCCAAUUGCAAAACCAACCAAAUAUACUACUGUAUAUGGUACUGAUUCAACUAUUGCAACUAUCACUGUAAUUGGAGCUAAAACUGAUACUAUUAAAGUCAUUUAUCCACCUAAUCCAACAGCUACAACUACUUAUUAUAGUUAUAAAAAUUUCCUUGAAACAUUAACUAGGACUGAUACAUUUGGAGGUACUGACUUAGUUCAUAUUGUUUAUCCAAAAAAUCCAACCGUAACCACUAGUUAUUAUGGAGAUGUUACUAAAUUGACAAAAAGUUUAGAAACUGAUACAUUUAGUGGUACAAAUACAGUUCAUGCAAUUUAUCCACCUAAUCCAACUCGAUAUUUAACAUCAUAUGGUACUGCAGAUACAAUUGAAUAUGUUACUCAAACUGGUCCUUUUAAUGCUAGAGAUACCGUCAUUGCUUACUAUCCUCCCAAUCCAACCACAUAUAUUACUCAUCAACUUGGUCCUUCUGGUACUUUAUCAUAUACUACUCAAACAGGUAAGUUUGGUGCAACUGAUAUUGUUAGAAUUUGGUUACCAAAAGAUUUAAGUAAACAAACUAAAUCUACUACGGUUUAUGGUGCUGUUACGGCAAUUGAAACUGUUACUGAAGUUGGUGAUAAAACUGAUGUCGUCAAAGUGAUUUAUCCACCAAAUAAACAAGAAUUUACUACAUAUUAUAGUUACAAAACUUUCUUAGAAACUAAAACAAAGACCGACUCAUUUGGAGGAACUGAUAUUGUCCAUGUUGUAUAUCCUAAAAAUCCAAUAAGAACUACUAGUUAUUUUGGAGAUGUUACUUCACGUGCAUAUAGUACUGAAACUGAUACAUUUUCUGGUACCAAUAUAGUUCACCAUAUUUUCCCACCAAAUCCAACUCAAUAUUUAACAUCAUUUGGUACUGCAACAACAAUUGAAACUACCACACAAACUGGCAUUGUCGGUGGAAGAGAUACUGUCAUUGAAUAUUAUCCACCUAAUCCAACAGUUUGGACUACUCAAUAUGUUCCUGCAACUCAUACUCCGUGGAGUUCAACACAAACAGGUAGAAUCGGUGAAAAUGAUACCAUAAGAGUUUAUUUACCAACCUCAAAACCAAUUAAGUACACCACUGUUUGGGGUACUGAUUCAACAAUUUCAAGUAUCACUGAGACAGGUUAUAAAUCCAAUACUAUUAAAGUCAUUUAUCCACCAAAUCCAACAACUACGAUUACCCACUAUGCUUGGAGAACUACCAUGGAAACUACUACAAGAACUUUUGGUUUUGGAGGUACUGAUGUUGUUCAUAUUUAUUAUCCAAGAAAUCCGACAACUUCCACUACCUAUUAUGGAACUGUUACUAAAGUACUGAAAACUACUGAAACUGAUUCAAUUGGUGGUACUGAUACUAUUCGUGUUGUCUAUCCACCAAAAAGUACAAAAUAUGUUACAUCAUGGGGUGCUAAAGAAAGUGUUGAAACUUAUACAAUCACCGGUACAUGGGGUCAAUCAGAUACAGUUAAAUUUUUAUAUCCACCAAACCCAACAGUUUGGACCACUCAAUAUGUUCCUGCAACUCAUACUCCGUGGAGUUCAACACAAACAGGUAGAAUCGGUGGAAGUGAUACCAUAAGAGUCUAUUUACCUACAUCAAAACCAUUUAAAUACACCACUGUUUGGGGUACUGAUUCAACAAUUUCAAGUAUUACUGAGACAGGUUAUAGAUCAAAUACUAUCAGAGUCAUUUAUCCACCAAAUCCAACAACUACGAUAACCCACUAUGCUUGGAGAACUACCAUGGAAACUACUACAAGAACUUUUGGUUUUGGAGGUACUGAUGUUGUUCGUAUUUAUUAUCCAAGGAAUCCGACAACUUCCACUACUUAUUAUGGAACUGUUACUAAAUUACAAAAAAUUACUGAAACUGAUUCAAUUGGUGGUACUGAUACUAUUCGUGCUGUUUAUCCACCAAAAAAGACAAAAUAUGUUACAUCAUGGGGUGCUAAAGAAAGUGUUGAAACUUAUACAUCCACUGGUACAUGGGGUCAAAGAGAUACUGUUAAAGUUUUAUAUCCACCAAACCCAACAAUUACUGUAACUCAAAAAGUUAAUCCAACUGCUAUUGGUACAACUGCUACAAGGAAAGGUAGAUUCGGUGGAACUGACACUAUUAAAAUUUAUACACCAAGAGAUCUUACUGAUACUGAUACAUCUGGAGAUAAUCACCCAAUACCAACAGCAGAAAAUGAACACCCAGAAUCAACUAAAGAUAUUCCAAUCCCAACUACUCCGGGAGAAGUUGUUCCAAUUAAAUCAACUGAAGAAGUUGUUCCAAUUAAAUCAACCGAAGAAGUUGUUCCACCACAAUCAACUGAAGAAUUUGAAACUACAACCCCUUCUCCAAUAACUGAAACAACAACCAGUUAUUUCGAUCCACACAAAAAAACUACUGAAACUAAAACUAUAACAGCUAAGGAUGGAGGUCUUGAUACUGUUCAUAUUAUCUAUCCAAAGAAUCCAACAACAACUGAGACACGUUUUGGUACAGCUCAUGGUUAUAGUACAGCCACUGAUUCAAUGGGUGGAGUUGAUACCAUUUGGAAACUCUGGCCACCUAACAAAACUAUUACGCAAAAGAAAUUUGGUACAGCAUUAACUACUGAAUAUGGUACAGCAACUGGUCCUUAUGGAGGAUAUGAUACGCUUACAAUUUUGUACCCACCUAAUCCUACUUCAACCUCAACUAAAUUCGAUCAUAAGACUAAGAUUGAAACUUAUACUACUACCAAGCCACCUGGAAGUACUGAUAUUGUUAAUGUUCAUUAUCCACACAAUCCAACAGUACAUACUACAACAUUUGGUACAUAUCAUGGUUAUAGUACAGAAACUGCUUCAUUUGGAGGAACCAAUACUGUUUGGAAAUUCUGGUUACCUAACAAAACUAUUACGCAAAAGAAAUUUGGUACAGCUUUAACUACUGAAUAUGCUACGGCAACUGGUCCUUAUGGAGGAUAUGAUACACUUACAGUUUUCUACCCACCUAAUCCUACUUCAACCUCAACUAAAUUCGAUCAUAAGACUAAGAUUGAAACUUAUACUACUACCAAGCCACCUGGAAGUACUGAUAUUGUUAACGUUCAUUAUCCACACAAUCCAACAGUACAUACUACAACAUUUGGUACAUAUCAUGGUUAUAGUACAGAAACUGCUUCAUUUGGAGGAACCAACACUGUUUGGAAAUUCUGGUUACCUAACAAAACUAUUACGCAAAAGAAAUUUGGUACAGCUUUAACUACUGAAUAUGCUACGGCAACCGGUCCUUUUGGCGGAUAUGAUACACUUUCAGUUUUCUACCCACCUAAUCCAACAACUACCGUCACUACUUUAAUCCAUAAAGAUCAUAAAUCAUAUGAUGUCACUCAAACCGCAACUUUUGGAGGAACUAAUACAGUUAAAGUUCAUAUUCCUUCUGGUUCUGUUUAA